AUGAUAUUUUUCAAAGGAUUAAUUGAUAAUCUAAAUAAGUGGUUUUUAGCUUUGUGCAAUAUUCUCACAAAAAAAUAUUUCACAUAUUUACAUAUAAAUAGAAGAGAAAUUAUUAAGAAGAGGAACUAUAAGAUUUCUGUUCACUUUAAACUUUUUAUUAUAUUAUUUCUUACUUUUUUAACUUUUCUUUUAGAGUGCUUAAUAAAGCAGAGAAAUCUAUUAAUAUCUUCACUAAGAUUCAAUGAAAAUCAUUUAAGGUUGUUAGCAGAGAAAGAGCAAGAUGAUAUGAAUAAGCAUAUACAUAUCGAUAAAUCAUGGGAAAAAUAUAAUAAAUAUUUUAAAGAUACAAAACUUGCAUUAAUAGAAUAUAUGCUAUAUAAUUGGGAAAUUCGUUGUAAGUAUUAUGACGUAAGAUGUACUAUAGAUGGAAGAGUAUGGGAACAAGAAAAAUUCAAGGAUUUUUACGAUAAAUUAUGUGAGGAUAUGGAAAGUAUUCAAACUAUGGUUACUGAAGAAUAUGAAAAAUUGAAGAAGAGCUCUCUUAAGGAUAAAAAACUCUCUGAAUUUUUUAAGAAGAAAAGAAAAGAGUUAAAUAAAUUUAAAGAUAAAACCAAACGUCAUUGGUCUAAAAAUUACUUAAAAGAAUUUAAACUCAAAUACGUCAGAUAUAAUAAUAAAGGAAGGAAUCCUUAUUCAUAUAAUAAAAAUAAAUAUUCAGGUAUCAACUUAUGGUUGUGUAGUGAUGCUGCAUUUUUUUUAAUUAUGAAAAGUUCAUUAUUGGAUUAUAUUCUUGAAAAAUGGGAAGACUAUUGUUAUUAUCGUCCAAUAAGAUAUACCCUAGAUGGAAAAAUGUGGGAAGAAGAAAAAUUCAAGUACUGGUACGAUAAAUUGCAUAAGGAUAUAGAAAAUAUGAAUGCUAUGAUUCUUGAAGAGCAAGAGAAGUUCAUGGAGGGUUCUCAUACAUAUGAAGAAUUCAUUAAUUUUUUUAAGUCAAAAAAAAUGAAAUGUAUGAAAUUUAGAGAAAGCAUAUAUGAUUGGUCUAUUCAAUAUCUGAAUGAUUUUAAAAAAGAGUGGAAACAAUUAAAAGAUAAAAAGUAA